AUGCUUGCCAAUGGGUUCAUCCGGCGAUCCAAUAGCCCCGCCGCCGCGCUGAUCCUGUUCGUGCCAAAGAAGGAUGGGUCGAUGCGGCUAUGCGUAGACUAUCAAGGUCUCAACGCCGUGACGGUCAAGGAUCGUUACUUGAUCCCGCUGAUCGACGAACAGCUCGACCGCCUCGCUCGCGCCGUGAAGAUGGCCAAGUUGGACCUCAUGGGAGCUUACAAUCUCCUGCGCAUCCGCGAGGGCGAUGAGUGGAAAAUGGCGUUCCAAACUCGAUACGGGCUAUACAAAUACCUCGUCAUGCCGUUUGGCCUGUGCAACGCGCCGUCCACGUUCCAAGCGCUGAUGAACUAUGUCUUCCGGGAUAUGCUGGACAUCACCGUCCUGAUCUACCUGGACGACAUCCUCAUCUACACUGGCGAAGGCGUAGAUCACGACGCCGUCGUUCGGACAGUGUUGGGCCGGCUGCGAGAGUACCGGUUGUUUGCCAAGGCUAGCAAGUGCGAGCUCGACGUGGAGGAGGUCGAGUAUUUGGGUUUCCUGGCAUCCACCAAGGGUGUGCAAAUGGAUCCGAAGCGAGUUCAAACCAUCAACGAUUGGCCUGCACCGCGCAACGUCCACGAGCUACAGGUGUUCCUUGGCUAUGCCAAUUAUUACCGGAGAUUCAUUCCCGCUUACUCCCGAGUAAUAGCCCCCCUCACCGACUUACUGAAAGGAAAGGCGACGGGACCGAUCGAAUGGCGGGAUCUGCAACAGCGUUUGUUCGACUCGUUGAAGCGAGCUCUCACGCACGAACCCUUGCUUCGCCACUUUGACCCGGCCCUGCCGAUCCUAGUAGAGACCAACGCUAGCGAUCAUGCUAUCGCCGCUACACUCAGCCAGCCACGCCAAGAGACGCCGGCCGACUCCAAGGAAACGUGGCACCCCGUGGCAUAUCGAUCUUGGAAGUUGAAUUCCGCUCAACGCAACUACGAGAUCCAUGAUAAGGAGCUGCUUGCGAUCGUCGAUGCCCUGAGAGAAUGGCGCCAAUACUGCCUUGGGACGCAGGAACAGAUUUGUAUCCACACCAACCACAAGGGCCUUGAAUACUUUGCUACAAAACGGGCACUCACGGCGCGUCAGGCACAAUGGAGUCUCCUGCUCGCCGACUACCAUUUCGACAUUCGGUACAAGUCCGGCGCGCAGUGUAAGGUCGACGGUCUCACACGGCGACCGGACAUGCACGACGGACCCAACGCACAUAACGAGCUCAACGAACGUGUGUUGCUGCCGGGGUUGCGUGCCUCAGCCGGGCAGAUUCUUGUCAACGGGUACGAUGAGUUGCUGGAACAAAUCCGUCGGGAAACGCGGGCCUUAGCCGCCGAAGUCAAACGGGUGGUAGCGUUCGACACGACCAGCCAAUUGUGGAAGCACAACCACGCGGUCUACGUCCCGCCGGGCCAACUCCGAGACGAGGCUCUGCGCAUGAGUCACGAUACGACAGCGGCAGGACACGGUGGCCCCCGGCCGACGUUGGAAAUAUGUCGGCGCCUGUUCUACUGGCCUACCAUGGCAGCGUACGUCACCAACUAUGUACGCACGUGCCCCUUGUGCCAACGGAACAAGUCGCGCUGUCACAAACCCUACGGCCUAUUGCAGCCACUGCAAGUACCGCAACGUCCGUGGGGAUCGAUAUCCUUAGACUUCAUCGAAGGAUUGCCACCGUCGGGCGACCCCGCAUACGAUAGUAUACUGGUCGUGGUGGAUCGUCUCACCAAACAUGCUGUGUUUGCGCCGUGCCACAAAACGACGGGAGCUGUCAAUACCGCUGUCAUCUUCAUGAAUCAUGUGCUGCCAGUGUUUGGCGCCCCGGACGAGAUCGUCUCUGACCGUGGCCGCCAAUUUGUAUCGGUGUUCUGGAUGUUGUUUGCAAAACUGUUAGACGGGUCAGUCGCCCUAAGCACUGCUUACCACCCGCAGACCAACGGGCAGACCAAGCGAGUCAACCAGAGCCUCAAACAGUACCUCCGGAUGUACACAAACAAGGCGCAAGACAAUUGGAGUUCCUUGUUACCAAUGGCGCAGUUUGCCUAUAACAAUGCGCCCCAUUCGGCGACGAAGAUCUCUCCUGCUUAUGCGAUACUGGCGUUCCAUCCGAAGGUGUUCCCAUCCACGACACCGGCUGGCGUGCAUGACAGCCGCGCCGCGGCGUUUGUACAGGAUCACCAAUUGCUGUAUGACCAUUGCCAGCGCAAAGUUGAGGCAGCGCGCGUCACGUACUCUCGUUUGUACGAUGCCAAGCGCCGGGACCUGAUGCUCCAGGUUGGCGACCAAGUGCUCUUACGGACGACCAACCUGCAGCUGGGCCAGCCCUCGAAGAAGCUGAGCCCCAAGCUCAUCGGCCCGUUCCCGAUCCAAGCAAAGGUGGGCCGAGCAGCGUACCGCCUGCAGCUCCCCGCACGCUAUCGGUGCUGGCCGGUGUUCCACGUCAGUCUACUCAAACCACUCCCCGCCGCCGCCGAUCCGCAACACCGUGCCACGGCCUGGCCCUCCGAUGCGCACUGGACGGUCCACGACGUCCGUGACAGCACGCAAGAAUAUCAGGUCGACCGCAUCAUGUCCGCCCAAAAGACGCCGGAAGGCCUAGAGUACCGCGUUCGAUGGGCCGGAUAUGACGAGUCCAACGAUACUUGGGAGCCAGCAAGUCACCUCGAACACGCACAACAGGCCAUUCACAAUUUCGAGGCAUCACACCCGCAAGCACCGCGCAACUGA